GCAAUAAUAAAAGUCGUCGCCCACCCCGGCGGCCCCAAGUUGUGUCUUUGCUUGCUGCCGCCUGGGUUCCUUUUUGAACCCGACAUAGACACCUCUUCUGGACAGUGGCACAGCUCGACCACCUCCUCAUUCACUUGGGGAUACCUACGUCACCACGAGUCGGAAACGUCUACAGUCUCUCGUUGUUAGUACACACCGGCAUCUCUUGCUCUCCGCCAUGGCCGCUUCUACCGACUCCAAGCCGGCCUUGUCCACUCUCAAGACGCCGCUGUCUGCAACUUAUCCCUCCGAGCUGCGAUCUCCCAUGGUUCACUCUGCCUCAACCCCAACCUUCAUCAAGCGCGAGGAGUCGCUGAAGACGCCAAUCACCCCGCCCAGCGCCUACCUGGACUUCCUCAAGACUUUGUCUCCGGCCAUCAUGAGCCCCCUCCCUUCCAGUGCCAGCACCAGGUUCGUCUUCGAAGGCAACCGUCCCACCUCCAUCCCGUCGGCCUCUUCCUCCUCCACCUCGGCCAGCUCCAGCUCCUUCACCUCCACCUCCGGACCCGCAGACAAGACCACAUCACGCGCAUCCUCAAGGUCAAGCAGCUGCUGCAACUGCGACAAGGAGAAGUCGUGUCAACAGAAAGACUCCCAACACCAACAUCAGCAUUGCCACCAACAACCGCCACAACAAAAGCAACAACAGCUGCAACAACAACAGCAACCCGAACCCCCCAUGUCGGCGCCCCCAACCAAACUCCACACCGUCACCAUCCCGCCCCCGUCCCCUUUCACCCGUCCCCAAUCCGCACGCACCCCGCGCCUCUACAUCCCGCAGUCCCCCUACUCACCCUCGACCGUGCGCUCGCCUGGCGUGCGCUCACCCGGCAGCGCGCACAGCAUCACGUCGCCUUAUUCCGCUGCGAGCCCCAAGCCAUGGGACUUGGAGGGCAAGAAGACAGGACGGACGAGGCGCGUGAGUGUACGUGAGGUGGUUACGAGGACGGUCACGUAUAGCCAUAGCGCGACGAGCACACCCAUCGAGGGACGGUUUGCGCCGCCCCAGAUCGACCCGGCACCGAGGGGGAAGAGGAGGAGGGUUGAGUGAGGCAAGUGCAUAGUGAUCAAAAACGUCGUCGUACGAGAAUUCACGUUUACCUGCACUUAAUAAUGCCUUCGGGUCCAGGCGAUCCGAUCUACUGUCGCUCGCUACUCGCUAUCCA